CCCAGAAUCCCGUGCGCGGGCAGCAAGGUGGGCGGGCCGGGAGGCUAGGGUGCCGCCUCCUCUGCAAAGCCGGGGCCAAGUCUUAGAACCGAGGGCCCGCAGGGGUCCCCGCGACCGCCGCGAUGCAGAAAUAUGAGAAACUGGAGAAGAUUGGGGAAGGCACCUAUGGAACAGUGUUCAAGGCCAAAAACCGGGAGACCCAUGAGAUUGUGGCUCUGAAGCGAGUGAGGCUGGAUGACGACGAUGAGGGUGUGCCCAGUUCAGCCCUCCGGGAAAUUUGCCUACUCAAGGAGCUGAAGCACAAGAACAUUGUCAGGCUUCAUGAUGUCCUUCAUAGUGACAAGAAGCUGACUUUGGUUUUCGAGUUCUGUGAUCAGGACCUGAAAAAGUAUUUUGACAGCUGCAAUGGUGACCUCGAUCCUGAGAUUGUGAAGUCAUUCCUCUUCCAGCUGCUGAAAGGCUUGGGAUUUUGUCAUAGCCGAAAUGUGCUGCACAGGGACCUGAAGCCCCAGAACCUGCUCAUAAACAGGAAUGGGGAGCUGAAGUUGGCAGACUUUGGCUUGGCUCGAGCCUUUGGGAUCCCAGUCCGCUGCUACUCUGCUGAGGUGGUCACACUGUGGUACCGCCCACCCGAUGUUCUCUUUGGGGCCAAGCUGUACUCCACGUCCAUAGACAUGUGGUCAGCCGGGUGCAUCUUUGCAGAGUUGGCCAAUGCUGGACGGCCUCUUUUCCCUGGCAACGAUGUGGAUGACCAGCUGAAGAGGAUCUUCCGGCUGCUAGGGACACCGACUGAAGAGCAGUGGCCUGCCAUGACCAAGUUGCCAGACUAUAAGCCCUACCCGAUGUACCCAGCCACAACGUCCCUGGUGAAUGUAGUACCCAAGCUCAACGCCACAGGAAGGGACUUGCUGCAGAACCUCUUGAAGUGUAAUCCUGUCCAGCGAGUCUCGGCAGAGGAGGCCCUGCAACACCCCUACUUUUCCGACUUCUGUCCCCCUUAGGCCCUGGGUCCCCCAGCUGCCAGGCUGAGACCUGGCCUGUUUAAGCCCCGUGAGGCAGGGGAGGAGGGGCAGGGGUUGCUGAGGUCCAGCUGUGCUGGGCCCAGCCAGGGUGGAGCUGUCCUGGCCCCAGGUCUUCACCCCCUCCGUGGACUUUAUUUAAUUUCAUAAACUGGCUCCUUUCCCACA